AUGUUAGAAAAGAGAAUUUUUCAAAUGGAUAGAAGUUAUGCUAAACAAAUGGACAUCUCAAAAAACACCUUUUGGGUGCUUAAGAACCUCCUGGGAACUUUGAAAGAAAUAAUGAAUAUGUAAUUGGAGAGAAUAAAUUUUAAGGCAAAGUCUAAAGAAGCCUUUAGGAAUAUAUAAACGAUAUUGGCAAGUAAAUCCAGAAAGAAACCUUUUACAUUCUGA